ACAGCGCUGAAAGGUCAGUUUUCCAGACCGCCAUUUUCAUUACGGGCAAGAAUCCUUUCUUUCCAGUUUGGCCGUUUGUAAGACAAUUCUACACAUAAGCAGUCAAUAAGUACCAUAAACCGGUAGAAAUGGACGAAAGAAACAGAGCGGUUGCUAUGGACGAUCACCAAGCUGUGCACUCUAGAGACGAAAGAAACAGCAACGAGAAAUUAGAAACGGCAAGGCAGCAGAACAAGGAAGGGGACAUACCAGACGAGGAAACGUGCGGAGUAGAAUCUGACCACCACCCCACACAGGACCAUACAGAGCAAUGGGACACUCUUGCCGUGAAACGUACUGUGGUUAAAUGCUUUGCUUGUACGGAAUGUGGCUAUUGGGCAGCUGCAAAGGCUGACCUAAUCAAACACACCAGAAAACAUACUGGUGAGAAACCCUUUAAAUGUGACCAGUGUGACUAUGCUGCUGCACAGAAAAGACAUUUAAAGAGACACAUGACUAAACACACAGGAAACAAGCCUCUCAUGUGUGGGGAGUGUGGAUACAGGACGACUGACGCGUCUUACUUAACCACACAUAUGAGAAAGCAUACAGGUGAGAAACCUUUUAGGUGUGAUCAGUGCGACUAUUCUGCUGCACAGAAAAGCAACUUAGACCAGCACAUGGUUCGACACACCGGACUGACCAAGGACAAGCACUUCUCAACUGCACAGAAAGGUACUUUAGACCGGCACAUGACUGAACACGACGGAGAGAAACCCUUCAAGUGUGGUGAGUGCGAGUUCAGGACGGCUUUCAAGUCUUCCUUAGUCACACACAUGAAAAGACAUACAGGUGUGAAACCUUAUAAAUGUGACCAGUGCGACUAUUCUGCUACAGAGAAAUCCAGUUUAGACCGACACAUGACUAGACACACCGGAGAGAAACCCUACAUGUGUGGUGAGUGCGGAUUCCGAACGGCUCACAGGUGUAACCUAACCGUACAUAUGAGAACACAUACAGGUGAGAAAUCUUACAAGUGUGACCAGUGUGACUAUUCUGCGACACACAAACAUUCUUUGGACCUUCACGUUGCUAAACACACCGACAACAAACCUUACAAGUGUGGAGAUUGCGGAUACAGGACGGCUGACAGGUCUUCCUUAACCAGACAUAUGAGAACACAUGCAGGUGAAAAACCCUAUAAAUGUGACCAGUGCAACUUUUCUGCUGCAAAGGAAGGAAAUUUAGACCAACACAUGACUAAACACACCGGAGAAAAACCCUACAUGUGUGGGGAGUGUGGAUACAGAACUGCUCGCAAGCCUAACCUAUCUCGACAUAUGGUCAAACAUACAGGCGAUAAACCUUUCGUGUGUGGGGAGUGUGGAUACAAGACUGCUCAUAAGUCAAAUUUAACGAAGCACAUCAGACGACACAAGGGUGUGCAACCUUAUAAGUGUCACCAGUGUGACUUUUCUGCUGCACAGAAAGGCGAUUUAGACCAACACAUGGCUAAACACACCGGCGAUAAGCCCUACCUGUGCGGAGAGUGUGGGUACAGAACUGCUCGCAGAUCUAACCUAACCGUACAUAUGAGAAAACAUACAGGUGUGAAAGGUUACAAGUGUGACCAAUGCGACUAUUCUGCUACCGACAAAGGGCAUCUAAAGAAACACAUGGUCACACACGCCUUUUGAACAACAACAGUUUGUCGGCUUCAUGAACAAGUACGUUUGCACAUGGUCAAACAGUCCCAGGAAGACGGAAGAGAGGGAGACGGAAGAAACGAUAGAAAGACAACAUCAAAGAAUUUUCGAAUAGACCGAGUUGAGUUUAGCAGAAGCCAUAAAAGCGACGGAGGACAGAGACAGGUGGAGGAGAAUAGUGGAUGGAGUCAUGGUGCCUCAACGACCCAUACAGAGGUCAAGGGAUGGGUGAGGUGAGAUGAGGUGGUCAAACACUGGACGGUUGAACAGCAACAAUUUGUCGGCUCCAUG